UUCUUUAUCUGUCUUCUUAGAUUUAACACAUCUCAUGUAAACAACGCUCUUUGUAUUGCCUUAUAAAAUGUAUUCUGUUGGGUCCGCAUUCACGAGUGCCCUAUAAACUCUAUUGAAGCUUGUUUUUGUCACAAGAUUAUUUAUUUAUUUUUUUCUAGGAGAGGUUUGAAAAUGAGAAGCAGAGGGAGGUUCAUUGGGUUUUGGGUGGUUAUUAUUGUUCCGAUUUUAGUUGUAUGGAGCAAAUGUAGAGCCGAGAGUUUUGAGGUUGAUGAAGCUUUUGUUAAUGAGAUUAAUGAAACAUAUGCAGCUCCUCCUGGUGCAUUAAUGGUGGGACUCACUCUUAUUCAUGGAGCUGCAGCUAAAGAAGCUGUGUGUCUGGAUGGGACAUUACCCGGUUAUCACUUGCAUCGUGGAUUUGGAUCAGGGGCAAAUAAUUGGAUAGUCAAUUUAGAGGGUGGGGGGUGGUGCAAUAACAUAAGAACAUGCGUUUACCGCAAAAAGAUGAAACGCGGCUCAUCAAAUUACUUCGAAAAAGAAAUUCCAUUCACGGGGAUUCUCAGCGACAAGGCUUCGCAAAACCCAGAUUUUUUUAAUUGGAACAGAGUUAAGAUUCGUUAUUGUGAUGGAGGCUCCUUUUCCGGAGAUAGCGAAAAUAAGGGUGCAGGUUUGCAAUUUAGAGGGCAACGCAUAUGGCAAGCCGCAAUCGAAGACCUAAUGUCCAAGGGAUUGAGAAAUGCCAAUCAAGCCCUUCUCUCUGGUUGUUCGGCUGGUGGACUAUCAACUAUAUUACACUGUGACGAGUUUAGAGAUUUAUUUCCUGCAACUACCAAAGUGAAGUGCUUUAGUGAUGCUGGAUUAUUUCUGGAUGCUGUUGAUGUUUCUGGUGGGCACACACUCAGAAAUUUCUAUGCGGGUGUUGUCAGCCUACAUGGUGCCGCUAAAAACUUGCCCAAAACUUGCCACUUGGAUCCAACUUCGUGCUUCUUCCCAGAGAAUCUAAUCCUCAAAAUAAAAACUCCACUGUUUAUUCUCAACGCUGCCUAUGAUACAUGGCAAGUCCAACAAAGCUUGGCUCCUGCAUCAGCCGAUCCUCAUGGCACCUUUGCCUUAUGUAAAAAGAACAUCAACAAAUGUUCACAGUCAAAUAUCCAAUUUUUACAAGGUUUUAGGAAUCAUAUGUUGAAUGGAGUUAAAGGGUUAAUUGCAUAUGGGCAAAGUGGAUUGUUCAUAAAUUCUUGUUUUUCUCACUGUCAAUCUGAGAGGCAGGACACAUGGUUCUCCAAUAACUCUCCACUUAUUGGCAACAAGGCAAUUGCAAAAGCUGUUGGAGAUUGGUAUUUCAAUCGAGCAAAUGUGAAGGAAAUCGACUGCCCGUACCCAUGCGACAAAACUUGUCACAACAUGGUCUUCAGUUGAACCAAGCCAAGGACCAAACAAAACAUUUUCCUCCUAAAUUAUUUCAGUAGAUAUACAUAUAAUUAAUGAUAUAUCUCCAUUUUAUAUGGUUAUUGUGAGCGACGACUUCAUUAAAUGCAAUAAAUUAUUUCAAGAGUGUUUCUUGUGCA